AUAUUCUGCAAUACAAACUCAAAAUUCAAUUUACAACUCUCAAACCCUAGAUCCUCAAUUUUCUUUGUUUCUCAAAUUUUCACUCGAAGAUGUCAGGUCGUGGAAAGGGAGGUAAGGGACUCGGAAAGGGAGGUGCAAAGAGGCACAGGAAGGUUCUUCGUGAUAACAUCCAAGGUAUCACAAAGCCUGCUAUUCGUCGAUUGGCAAGAAGAGGUGGUGUGAAGAGGAUCAGUGGUCUGAUCUAUGAAGAAACCAGAGGAGUUCUCAAGAUCUUUUUGGAGAAUGUGAUUCGUGAUGCUGUUACAUACACUGAGCACGCCAGGAGGAAGACUGUUACAGCUAUGGAUGUAGUUUAUGCUCUCAAGAGACAAGGAAGAACCCUCUACGGUUUCGGAGGCUGAAGAUGAUGCGUUAUUUUGUGUUUCUGUUAUGGUGUAAUUGAAAACGGAAAAAGAACUUUAUAAUGCUUUAUUUGCUGUUACUUUUUUCUGAUAUUAUGCAAGAUUUAACCAGAUAGAUAAUGAAUGAAGGGGUUUAUUCAUGUUAA